AUGGCUCCUCAAGAACCGCUGCCAUCAGUGACUACAAGAACAGUUCCUGGUCCCGCGCCCAAUGGCAUGGGUAAUGGGCUGUUCGCGACCGAAGAUAUCAAAGUCGGCGAAGAUGUUGUGCAUGCUAAAACACCUUUCGUUGCGAUUCUUGAUUCCCCUCGGCUGGAGGAUACCUGCUCCGGAUGCUUUGGAAAGCGACAGAUGGCAGGCAAUUCUGAUCUGAAGGCCUGCACUGGAUGUCGGGUUGUGAAAUACUGUGAUCGGGUAUGCCAAGCUAAAGACUGGAAGUUUGCUCAUUCUAUGGAAUGUAAAAUCUUCCAGAAGCUUAAGCCUCAAAUCCUGCCUAACAAUGUUCGGGCCAUUCUGCGUAUGGUUCUGAGAACUGGCAAAGGGAAAUACACUGCCCAGGAACUUGGUGUAUUCUCCAAUCUUGAAACACAUAUCACCGAGAUUCAGCAAAACCAAACCCAAAUGGAUCGUGUCUCUCUCACGGCUAAGGCUGUUAAAGGCUAUUCUGAAACUGAUAUGACUGAGGAGGCCAUUUGUGCAUAUGCCGCCAGGCUGGAUCUCAACUCCUUCAACCUCACAACAGCUCUUUAUGACCGCAUCGGUCUAUAUCUCCACCCAUAUGCCGCCUUGAUCAAUCACAGUUGUGACUACAACGCAACAGUCGGCUUCGACGGCGAGGAACUCUUCAUCAAAGCAAUCAAGCCAAUCAAAAAGCACGAACAAAUCUUCAUCUCCUACAUCGAUACCACAACCCCACUCCAAGUCCGCCGCAGUGAGCUUUCGGAGCGAUACUAUUUCACCUGCAAAUGUCCCAAGUGCAGCAAAGGACCAAACCCCAAUCUCAACGAAUCUCAAAACGAAUCCCUAUCCACAUCUCCAGAUACAGAUGACAACCCCACUGCAAUCGUCGAAACAGCAGAGCGGGACGCUCUGGAACUUCUAAACGCCGCCUCAGACUCAGACGCCGAUUCUUCUACAUCUAUCAAGUCUCUGAACAAGGGUCUAAACCUUCUCGCCUCUUCAGCAACCUGGUCUCUAUCCCGACAACCAUAUCCACAAUUAAGAGACCAAAUCAUCCUCUCAUACCUGUCGACAAAUAGUUUCAGCGCAGCUUUCAUACACGCUGCGAUCCGGUAUCUACGCGUUGACCCACUCAUCUACAGUCCUGCACACCCAAUCCGACAACUCCAUGCGUGGAUCCUCGCAAAACUAGCUAUCUAUCUCUCACAAAGCUUUGAGACCAAGCCGGAUGAUCCGGUGCGAUUAGAGGAUUUCCAGUUGAAUUUCCAUUUCAUCCUUUGGUAUGUCUUGGCUGAUUUGGCUAGUCGGCAGAUGGAGAGUUGUACUGUCCCCUCUUUCCGCACGUUGGUUGGAGCCAAUUUUAAGCAGGUCAAUGAUGAGUUUAGAGCGCAGGGUAUUGAUUUGGGUUCGAAUUCUCAGGCCAAGGCUUUGUUAGGUGGGGCUUGGGCUAAUUUGGAGAGGCUUGUUGAUGCGGCGUUGGAAAAGGAGAGUGUGCCUAAUUUUGAUUAA